AUGGUGAUUUCCUCGCCCGAAUCCGUCCUCGAGGGCAAGUACCCCGCCAAGGCCCACGCGAGACGUGUCGUCGACCACAUCCGUGGAAAACUCCCCGACGCCACAGGAGUUCUCUACGUCGAAGGCCGCAUGACGAAGCUCCUCGAGGAUAACGACGAGCCCGAACACUUUCGCCAACGGCGCUUCUUCUACUACCUAACCGGCUGCGAGCUCGCCGACUGCUACUUCCUCUACGACAUCGCGUCCGACAAGUCCACGCUCUUCAUCCCCCAUCAACCCGGACAGCGUCAUCUGGAGCGGCCUCCCGUCAGCCCGGCCGAGGCCCUCGCCAAGUACGACGUCGACGAUGUCAAGUUCACCACCGACGUCUCGGACCACAUCACCUUUCUCGGCUUCGACAACAAGAACUUUGGCGCCCUCAAGGAGGCCGUCGAGGUGUGUCGCGUGGUCAAGGACGACUACGAGCUCGCCCUCAUGCAAAAGGCUAACAAUAUCUCCGCCGUCGGCCACAAGCUCGUGCUCGAGAGGGUGAGGGCCGCCAAGAACGAGCAGGAGCUCCAGGCUGCUUUUCUCGCUGCUAGCGUGAGCCAGGGUGCCAAGAACCAGUCGUACAGCUCCAUCGUCGCCUCUGGGCGGGCCGCGGCCACUCUCCACUACGUCCGCAACGACUUGCCCCUGGAGGGAAAGCUGAACCUGCUGCUCGAUGCCGGUGCUGAGUGGAGCUGCUACGCUUCCGACAUUACCCGCACAUUCCCCAUCUCCGGCAAGUUCUCCAAGGAAUCGCGCGAAAUCUACGACAUCGUCCUGCGGAUGCAGGAAGAGUGCAUCGCCAUGCUCAAGGACGGCGUGCUCUGGGACGACGUACACUACCGCGCGCACGAAGUCGCCGUCGAGGGUCUCUUGGCCCUCGGGAUCCUCAAGGGCGAUAAGAAGGCCAUCCUCGACGCGAGGACGAGCGUGGCCUUCUUCCCGCACGGUUUGGGUCACUACCUGGGCAUGGACACGCACGACACGGGCGGCAACCCCAACUACGAGGACAAGGACACCAUGUUUAGGUACCUGCGUGUGCGAGGCAGACUUCCCGCCGGAUCGGUCAUCACCGUGGAGCCUGGCAUUUACUUUUGCAACUUCAUCAUCGAGCCGUAUCUCAAAGACUCCGUUCACUCGCAGUAUAUCGAUGCCGCCGUGCUGGAGCGAUACUGGGACGUUGGCGGUGUGAGGAUCGAGGAUAACCUCAUCAUCACGUCCUCGGGCGCGGAGAACAUGACGACGGCUAUCAAGGACGCCGACGAAUUGAAAAGGUCAUCAGCGCGCAAUAAACGCGCGCCUGUGAGCUCAAUCGAUUCACCCGAAACCCUGUGGAUUCCGGAGGUAAUAAAGAGGAACACCGCGCGAGGGCUGCAGGUCCUCCGACCUCAGGAAUGA